CCGGGAUUUAUCCGAUUCUUGCCAAAGCCUUUGCUUCCAUUAAAAGGCUUAGGAUCGACAUCAACAUUUUGGUCAUUAUAACCGGUUUUAACUGAUAAUAGUCCAAUUUCAUCAACACAGUGAUUGCAACACUUGCAAUGCAAGAUUUCAUGGAGGCUGCAGCAGUUGUGUUCUUAUUCACCAUAGCUGACUGGCUCGAAACAAGAGCUAGCUACAAGGCGAGUUCGGUAAUGCAGUCUUUAAUGAGCCUAGCACCUCAGAAGGCAAUAAUAGCCGAGACUGGAGAAGAGGUUGAAGUAGAUGAGGUUAAGGUUAGCACAGUUGUAGCAGUUAAAGCCGGUGAGACUAUACCAAUUGAUGGAAUUGUGGUGGAUGGAAACUGUGAAGUAGACGAGAAAACCUUAACGGGUGAAGCAUUUCCUGUGCCUAAACAGAGAGAUUCUAUGGUUUGGGCUGGAACCAUCAAUCUAAAUGGGUAUGUAACGGUGAAAACAACUUCUUUAGCUGGUGAUUGCGUGGUUGCAAAGAUGGCUAAGCUAGUAGAAGAAGCUCAGAGUAGUAAAACCAAAUCUCAGAGACUAAUAGACAAAUGCUCUCAGUACUAUACUCCUGCAAUCAUCAUAAUAUCAGCUUGCUUUGCAAUUGUCCCUAUUAUAAUGAAGGUUCACAACCUCACCCAUUGGUUUCACUUAGCACUAGUUGUGUUAGUCAGUGCUUGUCCUUGUGGGCUUAUACUCUCUACACCAGUUGCUACCUUCUGUGCACUUACUAAAGCGGCUACUUCAGGGCUUCUGAUCAAAAGUGCUGAUUAUCUUGACACUCUCUCAAAGAUCAAGAUCGCUGCUUUCGACAAAACUGGGACUAUUACCAGAGGAGAGUUCAUCGUCAUAGAUUUCAAGUCACUCUCUAGAGAUAUAACCCUACGCAGCUUGCUUUACUGGGUAUCAAGUGUUGAAAGCAAAUCAAGUCAUCCAAUGGCUGCAACAAUCGUGGACCAUGCAAAAUCUGUUUCUGUUGAGCCUAGGCCUGAAGAGGUUGAGGACUACCAGAACUUUCCAGGUGAAGGAAUCUACGGGAAGAUUGAUGGCAACGAUAUCUACAUCGGGAACAAAAGGAUCGCUUCUCGUGCUGGUUGUUCUACAGUUCCAGAGAUUGAAGUUGAUACAAAAGGUGGGAAGACUGUGGGAUAUGUUUAUGUAGGUGAAAGACUAGCUGGAGUUUUCAGUCUUUCUGAUGCUUGUAGAUCCGGUGUAUCUCAAGCAAUGACAGAACUGAAAUCUAUGGGAAUCAAAACCGCAAUGCUAACAGGAGAUAGUCAAGCCUCGGCGAUGCAUGCUCAGGAACAGCUAGGGAAUGUUUUGGAUGUUGUACAUGGAGAACUUCUUCCAGAAGAUAAAUCCAAAAUCAUACAAGAGUUUAAGAAAGAAGGACCAACCGCAAUGGUAGGGGACGGUGUGAAUGAUGCACCUGCUUUAGCUACUGCUGAUAUUGGUAUCUCCAUGGGGAUUUCUGGCUCUGCACUAGCGACUCAGACUGGUCAUAUUAUUCUGAUGUCUAAUGACAUAAGGAGGAUACCACAAGCGAUAAAGCUAGCGAGAAGAGCUCGGCGCAAAGUUGUUCAAAACGUGUUUCUUUCCAUUACUUUCAAAGCAGGAAUACUGGCUUUCGCCUUUGCUGGUCAUCCUUUGAUUUGGGCAGCGGUACUGGUUGAUGUAGGGACUUGUCUGCUUGUGAUUUUCAAUAGUAUGUUGUUGCUGCGAGAGAAGAAAAAGAUUGGGAACAAAAAGUGUUACAGGGCUUCUACAUCUAUGUUGAAUGGUAGGAAGCUUGAAGGCGAUGAUGAUGUUGUAGAUUUAGAAGCAGGCUUGUUGACAAAGAGCGGGAAUGGUGAAUGCAACUCAGGAUGUUGUGGUGACAAGAAAGCUCAAGAGAAGGUGAUGAUGAGACCAAGUCAUACAACCAGUUCUGAUCACUUUCACUCUGGUUGUUGUGGUGAUAAGAAGCAAGACAAUGUAAAGGUUGUGAGAGAUGGCUGUUGCGGUGAGAAAACUAGGAAACCAGAGGGAGAUAUAGCUUCAUUGAGUUCAUGCAAGAAGUCGACUACUCAUGUCAAACAUGACCUGAAAAUGAAAGGUGGUUCAGGUUGUUGUGCUAACAAAAAUGAGAAGGGUAAGGAAGUAGUGGCAAAGAGCUGUUGUGAGAAGCCCAAACAGGAAAUGGAGAGUGCUGGAGACUGCAGGUCUGGCCGUUGCGAGAAGAAGAAGCAAUAUGAGGAAAUUGUGCCGAAGGAGAUUCUUGGUAAGGAAUUAACUGUUUUGGAAAUAGAGUUGAAGACAAAGGAUGGUGAAACCUGCAAAACAAGCUGUUGUGACAAAAACGAGAAGGUUAAGGAAACAAGUUUGUUGCUUUCAAGUGAGGACACAUCUUACCUGGAGAAGAGAGUGAUGAUUAAAGAUAAUGUAAACUGCAAGUCUGGCUUUUGCGAUGGUGAAAAUCAAACUGCUGAAGUUACAAUUGUGGAUUGUAGCUCAGGAUGUUGCGAGAACAAGGCGACAGAGAAACAAACCUGCCAUGAGAAGGCAGCUCUGGACAUGGAAAGUGGUGUAAGUUGUGAUCUCAAGCUGGUUUGUUGUGGUAAGACAGAAGGGGAAGUGGGAGAACAAUCUGAUAUGGAGAUAAAUAUUGAAGCACAUUGCAAGUCUGGAUGCUGCAUUGAUGAAAAACAAACUGGAGAAAUUAACCUGGGUUCUGAGGAUGAUACAGCCAAUCAGGAUUGCUCCUCGGCAUGUUGUGUGGACAAAGAAGAAGUGACACAAAGCUUCCAUGAAAAGAAGCAUGUUGUGUUGGUAAAUGAGGAAGGUUUGGACAGGGAAAGCGGUGUAUGUUGUGAAACCAAGUUGGUUUGUUGUGGCAGCGCAGAAGGGGAAGUGGAGGAGAAAUGUGAUAUGGAGCUAAAGAAUGAAGGUCACUGCAAAUCAGGUUGCUGCAGCGAUGAAAAACAUACCGGGGAAAUCACUCUGGCUUCAGAGGAAGANCCU